UCAGUACCGUUCGCCUUCGUGGUGUUGAAGGAGGAGUCCGGGGUUGACCCCGCUGUCGUCCUGCGGCAACUCAGAGAGCUCGUCUCCACAAAGAUCGCCAAGUACGCUGUUCCCGACCACUUCCUGGUGGUGAAGCGUCUUCCGAAAACACGCUCCGGGAAGAUCAUGAGGCGGAUCCUCAGGAAGGUUGCCAUGGAGACAACGGAUGACUUUGGCGACGUAUCGACACUAGAUGACCCGUCCGUCGUCAAGGAGAUCAUGGAGGCCCACAAGCGCUACAGGAAGCAGACAGGAGAAGAGAAGAAGUAAGAGGGACCUCCUGUGAGGCGGGGGUGGGGCCUGAUGUACGGGUGACAUCACUGUUCCUCAGGUGGAGCUGGAGGCGGGGUUUUAAAACACACCUGAGAGUCAGUCACGUGAUGCCUUUUUAACCCUUUAAAGCCAACAGGAAGUCUGAAUUUUAAUAUUUUUUAAAAUCGAGUGAAGAUUUGAGACCAGAAACGUCUGAAGGGAGUUUGAAUGAUUCGUGAUGAUUUCCUUUAAUUUUCAGAUUUUCAUUAAUCAGAUGAAUAUUUUGUCAAGAUGAAGUGAUUUUAGAGAUGAAAAAUCUCGAUGGAAGAGAAACUCUGUGAAACAGAAACGUCGAGAAAUAAAGUUUCACUCACAAA